AUGGGUUUGGAGAAUUAUAAGCCCAUAAUAGUUAUGGUAGGAUGUCAAUUUCUGUAUGCAGGAGUUACUCUUAGUGGAAGAGCAGCUCUUUUGCAGGAUUUUAGCUCUCGAGUUUUUGUUGUUUACAGACAAUUCACUGCUUUCUUGCUAAUUGCUCCUUUUGCCUUUUUCUCAAGGCGAGGAACAAAUGCGCGUGCUAUGAACUGGAAGAGCUUCUUCUUGAUAUCUUUGCUGUCUUUGAUUGGUGUGACAAUUAACCAGAAUGUAUAUUUCGAGGGAUUGUACUUAGCUUCAUCCUCAGCAGCUAGCGCUUUGGGCAAUUUGGUUCCUGCCAUAACCUUUACUAUAGCUUAUUUCUUGGGGUUGGAAAAAGUAGAUCUUGGAAACGUGAGAAGUUUGGGGAAGAUUAUGGGAGCAUGUCUAUGUGUAAGUGGCGCUGUUAUAAUGGCAGUAUUAAAAGGUUCAAAAUUAUUGAACAUGGAAUUGUUGCCAAGAAAUUCAAUUGUGUUACACCUAAUUGGAGAAGAAGACAGAUGGUUGAUAGGCUGCCUAUUUCUUCUUGCAAGCACAACUUGCUGGUCCCUUUGGCUCAUCUUGCAGGUGCAUGUAACAUCUUACUAUCCAGAUAAUCUCUCAUUAACGGCAUGGAUGUGCUUAAUCGCAGCCGUCCAAUCCGCCAUCUUCACAUUCAUCAUCGAGCCUGAUUUGAACACGUGGAAACUCACCUCCUCUUUCCAACUCUUUACCUGCUUCUACGCAGGUGUGGUGUCAGCAUUGACAUUUUUUGGUCAAGCAUGGUGCAUAGGCAGGAGAGGGCCCCUUUUUUCAGCCAUGUUCAAUCCUCUUUGUACACUCAUAGUCACAAUCUUUGCCUGCAUUUUCAUGCAUGAAGAGUUGUACAUGGGAAGCCUGACUGGUGGAUUGGCGGUGAUAAUUGGAUUAUAUGUGGUGCUAUGGGGCAAAGCAAAAGACCAUGAACUAAUCAAGGAAGAAGAUACUAAAAAGCACCAAAAUCAUGCCAAUGGUCAAAAUGAGGCCAUCACUAGUGUUGACUUGGAACAGCCCCUUUUGUCUGAUAAUUGA